AUCGCACUUCGUUCCUCGCGAAUGCCGAAUAUCGUGCGGCGCGCAGCACACGCGAUAUGCGGCCAUACGAAUAACAUAUAUAUAUAUACCUUGGCGGGUCUCGUGCGUAUACGUGUCGGCGGAGCGGCUGUUAUAUGCGAAAUACAAAGCGGCCUGCAAGUCUCCGGCGAGCCGUGUCGCGUAAAUAAAACUUCGCCAAUAACGACAGCACUGUAGGUAGAACGUCUUCCCGCUAACUCAACUCACGUCACGUUGCCGUGCGAGAAGUGCGCGAGGUGCGGAGCAAGAGUGAGUGCGUUGGCCUGCCUUUUGCACCGGGGUUAAGUCGACGAAAAUACAGUGCCAGGUUUAUCAGAUAAAAAUUCGAUUUGGAGGGCUGCUAAAGUCACAAGAUGAAUGGAAUGUUGAGGUUGUCCACUAUCCUGGCCAAGGGCUUAACGCCUUCGGUUACAUUGAAUAAACUUGGUGUGCCACUGGUCUCCCAGCGUGCUUUGCAUUACACUCCAAAUAGCAACUUUGCCACAACGAAAGAUGGACCUUCUAAAAAUUAUCCUUUAGUUGAUCAUACCUUUGAUGCUGUGGUUGUUGGUGCUGGUGGUGCUGGUCUUAGAGCAGCAUAUGGACUUGUUGAGGAAGGUUUCAAAACAGCUGUGGUUACAAAAUUAUUCCCAACAAGAUCACAUACUGUUGCCGCUCAAGGAGGUAUCAAUGCUGCUCUUGGAAAUAUGGAGGAAGACCAAUGGCAGUGGCACAUGUAUGACACCGUCAAAGGCUCUGAUUGGCUCGGAGAUCAAGAUGCCAUUCACUACAUGACGAGGGAGGCCCCAAAAGCUGUCAUUGAAUUAGAAAAUUGCGGCAUGCCUUUCAGUCGUACCAAUGAUGGGAAAAUCUACCAGCGAGCGUUCGGCGGGCAGUCGCUCAAGUUCGGCAAGGGGGGCCAGGCUCACCGGUGCUGCUGCGUUGCCGACCGAACGGGCCACUCGCUGCUGCACACGCUCUACGGCACGUCGCUGAGCUACGACUGCAACUACUUCGUGGAGUACUUCGCGCUGGAUCUGCUGAUGGAGGACGGCGAGUGCCGUGGCGUGAUGGCCCUGUGCCUCGAGGACGGCACGCUGCAUCGUUUCCACGCGAAGAACACCGUUCUGGCGACCGGCGGCUACGGCCGCGCCUUUUUCUCCUGCACGUCCGCGCACACCUGUACCGGCGACGGCACGGCCAUGGUGUCGCGGGCGGGCCUGCCGAACGAGGACCUCGAGUUCGUGCAGUUCCAUCCGACCGGUAUCUACGGUGCUGGCUGCUUGAUCACCGAGGGCUGCCGCGGCGAGGGUGGUUACCUGGUCAACAGCGAAGGCGAGAGAUUCAUGGAGCGCUACGCUCCGGUCGCCAAAGAUCUCGCGUCGCGGGACGUCGUCUCGAGGUCGAUGACCAUCGAGAUCCGCGAGGGCAGAGGAGUCGGCCCCGAGAAGGAUCACAUCUUCUUGCAGCUGCACCAUCUGCCACCCGAGCAAUUAGCCACCAGGCUGCCGGGCAUCUCCGAGACGGCUAUGAUUUUCGCUGGAGUCGAUGUCACUCGCGAGCCUAUUCCCGUCUUGCCGACGGUGCAUUACAACAUGGGCGGAGUACCUACCAAUUACAGAGGACAAGUUCUCACGAGAAAGAACAACGAGGACGCCGUAGUCCCUGGCCUGUACGCCUGCGGCGAGGCAGCUUGCGCCUCGGUGCACGGGGCUAAUCGCCUGGGCGCUAACUCGCUGCUCGACUUGGUUGUGUUUGGACGAGCUUGCGCGAAAACAGUCGCGGAAGAGAACAAACCCGGUGAAAAGAUUGGGCCGCUUCGUCCUAACGCUGGAGAGGAAUCGGUCGCGAACCUCGACAAAGUUAGGUAUGCCAACGGGAAUAUCUCCACUGCUGAACUAAGGCUCAACAUGCAAAAGAUUAUGCAGAAUCACGCUGCGGUCUUCAGACAGGCUGACUCUUUACAAGAGGGAUGCCGGAAAAUGUCGGCUAUUUACAAGAAAUUGGAUGAUCUUAAGGUUACUGAUAGGUCAAUGAUCUGGAAUUCUGAUUUGGUCGAAACGCUCGAGCUGCAGAAUCUGAUGUUGAAUGCGAUGCAGACAAUGUUCGCUGCUGAAAACCGCAAAGAGAGUCGCGGUGCUCAUGCACGGGAAGACUUCAAACAGAGAAUCGACGAAUAUGAUUACAGCAAGCCGAUCGAAGGACAAACACCGAAACCUAUCGAUCAGCACUGGCGAAAACACACACUCACCAACAUCAACCCUCAAACUGGUGAAGUCAAAAUCCACUACAGACCAGUCAUCGACCGUACACUUGACGACAAGGAAUGUACUACCGUACCACCGGCAAUUCGUUCUUACUAAACAAAUUACCCAAAAAGCUUGUACGUAGUCUUUAUCUUCUGUACCCGGUAAUUUGAUUAGAUAAUUUCGAGGGAAUUAUGAUAAUAAGUCUUGCAAAAAUUGCACGGAACGUCCAGUUGUAAAUAACGAAGAAGAACUCGUUAAAAAGCGAACUAAAUGAUUCGUUAAUCAUUACGAAUAUUCACUCCUCUCAACAAAUAUUUUCUACCAGUUACCCUUUAUUCCCUCACAAGAGUAACAAAACAAAAAAAAACGUUUUUUGAUACCCGGUGCUUAGAAAUGUACUCUAAAAUAAAUUCUUAUCAACAAAUCUUAUAACGCUCAAGGUGCUAAUCUUUGAGCUAUUUCUUUAAAACAAAAGUGAAUUCUAGCCUUAGAACUGAUAAUUAUAAUUGCGCAUUACGAAAAUGCACGUAAGCCUUUUAAGGGAAUAAUAAUAAACAAGGUCUAACUUGAACCUAAAAAAUAACAAUGAAAUGGAUAACUUUCAUAAUUUGUAACAAACUGAAUUUGUUUUCCUUGAAGGUUUACUAAAAAAGAUACAUAAAGUGUAACGCGGCUUUAUACUUAAUGACAUCUUAAAAAUUAUAAUAAUGCUAGUAUUGCAUGAAUUAAACUUAAUAUAACUGGAGAAUUCGUUAAUUUGUUUAACUUUAUGUAAAUAAAAUGAUUUUCGGUGAAAACGAAGAAUUUUUCUCAGACAUAAAGGUAGACAUGAGAACUGUAAUGAACGAGAGUUUACGAUUUACGA